CACAUAGCUAAGUCUACGUGGUCAGUUUGUGUGUAUGUGUGUGUGAGAGAGAGCGAGAGAGAGAGAGAGGGAGAGAGUGUGUGUGUGUGUGCGCUCAGGUGUGUGAACAUGUUACCUUUAUCUAUCAAAGAUGACGAAUAUAAACCCGCCAAGUUUAACCUGCUGCUCAAACUCUCCAGCUGGUUCAGGUCGAUCCUGGCUGAUAAAACCUCCAGGAACCUUUUCUCCUUCCUCUGCCUCAACCUGUCUUUCGCCUUUGUGGAGCUGACGUACGGAAUCUGGAGCAACAGUUUAGGACUGAUCUCCGAUUCCUUCCACAUGUUCUUCGACUGCACGGCUCUGUUGGCUGGACUGGCAGCCUCUGUCAUCUCCAGGUGGAGAUCCAAUGACAGCUUCUCCUACGGUUAUGUCAGAGCAGAAGUGUUGGCAGGCUUCGUGAACGGACUCUUUCUCAUCUUCACAGCGUUUUUCAUUUUCUCUGAGGGAGUCGAGAGAGCCCUGGAGCCUCCUGAUGUCCACCAUGAGCGUCUACUUCCUGUCUCUGUGGCCGGUCUUCUGGUGAAUCUGGUGGGGAUCUUCGUGUUCCAACAUGGAGGUCAUGGACACUCUCAUGGAGAAGAAGGUCACGGACACAGUCACUCACUGUUUAAUGGGGGUCUGAGCCACGGACACAGUCACGGACAGAGUGUCCAGAGCAAAUUCACAGACCAGCAUGGACACGAUCACGGACAUGGACACGAUCACGGACAUGGACACGAUCACGAUGGACACGAUCACGGACGAUCAGGACAUGGACACGAUCACGGACAUGGACACGAUCACGGACAUGGACACGAUCACGGACAUGGACACGGUCAUGGACACGAGGAUCCAGGAUGUCAUGACCAGUACACACCAGGAAAAGGUUCCAGUAAACAGAUCCUUCAAGGGGUCCUCCUCCACAUCAUGGCUGACACUCUGGGCAGUGUAGGUGUCAUCAUCUCUGCUUUGCUGAUGCAGAAGUAUGACCUGAUGAUCGCAGAUCCAAUCUGCUCCAUGCUGAUCGCUCUGCUAAUUGGAGUCAGCGUGGUGCCAUUACUGCGGGAGUCCAUUGGAAUCCUGAUGCAGAGAACUCCACCAUCUCUGGACCAUGUCCUACCAGAAUGUUAUCAAAGGGUGCAGCAGCUGCAGGGCGUCUACAACCUACAGGAACCUCAUUUCUGGACCCUGUGCACCGACGUUUACAUCGGGACGUUGAAGCUGCUUGUCGCCCCGGACGCAGACACACGCUGGAUCCUCAGCCAGACCCACCACAUCUUCACACAGGCAGGCGUGCGACAGCUCUACGUUCAGAUUGACAUGGCGGCCAUGUAGAAGCUCCUCCUACUUCUUUCUUUUUAAUGACUGGGACCAAUCACAUUCAGUCUGCUGGUGCAGCUGAUCUCGCCUCUCCUCUGAGCCCCGCCUCUUCACUUCCUGUAAACAAACUGAAGCAGGUUUGUGGGGAGGCACUAAGCCCCUCUGUUUUUUUUAAACUCCACCCCUUUUAUCUUCACGUUAAAGUGCCUUCUUCAUCAUCAUCAUCUACGGACGAUCUGACUCCGCCCCCUCUGUGACAUCGCCACUGGGAUCAGAUCUGAUACAAUCUGACUGGGCUGUGGUCAGAUUGUAUGAGAUGUCACUUUCUGUCUUUGAACGUGCCAAAACCAUGUGACUUGUUUAUUUUCCACUGUAAUAAAUUUAAUUCUCUUUU